AUGGGAAAAGUACUUGGGACAAUAAAGGAACAUCAGAGAAAGAUCAUAUCAUUUAAUGACUAUGUGAUCCUAACACUUCCGUCUGGUGCAACAAAAAUUAUUGAAGUUCGUCGAGAUGGAACUAUCAGUCUUGGAAAGUUUGGUAUUUUUGGUGCAAAUUACAUUGUUGGAUAUAGUUAUGGGCAGUCUUUCGAAAUUCUGGAGAAUAAGAGAGUUCAGCCGUUAAAGAGCAUAACAUAUGGUUUAGAAGAUGCCGAUAGUAAUGAAUCUACCCCGAUCCCAGAGUUUUCUUCUUCGGAGGACAACCGAAACUUAGUUGAUAAAGGUGAUGAAGUUCAGAAGGUGACAGCAGAGGAAAUUGAGAAAAUAAAAAAGCAGGGUGGUGGAAAUGAGAUCGCCAACAAGCUUAUUAGCAAAAUUAUUGAGGGUCAUGAAUCUUUUGACAAGAAAACAGUUUACUCUCAAGACAAGUAUGUUAUUAGAAAGCAACGAAAGUUUUCCAGAAGAUUUACUGUGAAUGCUCUUUCUCCAUCGAAUCUGUUAAAUCAUAUGAGAAAUGACAGAGAAAUGGACAAAAUACAGGGCUUGAGUGAAGAAGUUCUUGGGAUGAUGAUGAGCCAUGCUAAUGUAAUGCCAGGAGGAAAUUAUCUUGUGAUGGAUGAAACUGGGGGAAUUGUUGUGUACGCAAUGCUGGAAAGAAUGCACGGAGAGGGAACUAUUACUCUUCUUCACGAAAAUGAUCAACCCAAGAUUGCACAUCUAAUGCAUACGAAUUAUUCCGAGGAAGAACUCUAUAAGAUGGUGAAGCCAAUAAAUCUUCUUCAAUUUAUGGAACCUGCAGACAACAAACCAAACGUCGGACCAUUUCCAGAUGAUGUGGUAAAAGCUAUGCCUGAUAUGAGAAGGAAAAGAUAUUACAGGAGAAUGAAGAAAGUGAAACAACUUAACGAGUCUCUGGAUAUGGUUCAGCAUGGUGCAUUUGAUGGUUUAGUUUACGUUUCUACGCUGAAUCCAGUUGGCUUCGUUCCCAAAAUAAUUAAUAAAAUUGCAGGCUCGAGAUCGAUUGUCGUUUACAGCCAGUAUAAGGAGAUCUUAAUCGGAUUGAGUCAUAUAUUUUUAAGAGAUAAACAUAUUCUCCUACCAAAUAUUUAUGAAUCUCGAGUCCGCCAUUUUCAAACCAUUCCUGGAAGGCUUCAUCCUACAAUGACAUCUGUUGGUGGGGGUGGAUAUUUUCUUUCCGGUAUAAAGGUGAUUCCGACUGAGGGUGCUGUGGCCUCUGGAAGGAGAUCUAAGAAGAGAGCUGGUGUUGAGCAGCAGGAAGAGGUGAAAAAGAUUAAGCUUGCAAGUGACUCCUCUGCUUAA